AAGCCCGUCGGGGACCCAAUCAGCUGAUCCACGACUUUACGCAAUCGCCGACAAGGACACGAGAACUUGUGCAUAACAUUCAGAUUUCGACUCGUUAAAAGAUGAGGGCGGUUCAUAGGGCCGCCCUUAGGUACGUGGGCGGCCUCCCAAAAAGAGAAGGAAUAAGGCAACAGGAGAUAAACUUACAGAAGAGAGAGCACCAGCGUAAGUUGAGUUCAUGGCACCCACGGGACACAAGACUUGAGGAAGGGAGAGUCAAUGCCCCAGAGCAGCGGUUACUUCUCGUCCCACCCCCUGCCUGGCCAUGCCCCUCUCCCAGUCGGACUCUCAUGGGGGGAGUGUUAGGGAGCAAGAAAAAGGAGUAUUCAGAGAGGCGCAUCCUUGGAUAUUCCAUGAAUCAAAUGUAUGAUGUGGUGUCAGAGGUUGAAAACUACUACAAAUUUGUUCCUUACUGCAAGAAGUCUGACGUGAAGAUGCGCCGGCCUGGAUUUCUAAAGGCAGACCUGACAGUUGGAUUCCCACCUGUUCUGGAAUCAUACACGUCCAGUGUCACACUAGCACGGCCUCACCUUGUCCGAGCAGUCUGUACAGAGGGAAAACUUUUUAACCACCUCCUUACUAUCUGGAAAUUUUCUCCUGGUCUUCCAGGACAGCCAAACACCUGUACCCUAGACUUCUCUGUCUCCUUUGAGUUCCGCUCCGUGCUCCACUCCCAACUGGCACACGUUUUCUUCAAUGAGGUGGUGAGGAAGAAUGUCAACUCUUUUCUGGCAGAAGCCCAAAAGCGAUAUGGCAAGCAGUCCAUCCGAGCCCAGCAGCCACGCAUCACACAAAUGACAUGAGGACAGUAAUUCUAGGAAACUUAAAAAAUAUAUUGAAGUAAGAGAAAAGGAGAGCUAUUUAUUGUUUUCUGCUGCUUAAUGAUAAGUCACUGUAUAGUUUUCAUUGUUAUUAUCAUCUACAUAUUUAUUUUUUCUUUAUAUUCCACUUAUAUAAUCCAUAUUUGAAUGACAGAGUAUGAUAUAACUGAUUAUUUUUUUAAGGAUUUUAAAGAUGCUAUAAUUUUAACAUUAGAUUUUGUAAUCAAUCAUAUAAAUAUGUAUGUAAACCUAAUUUACUUACAAUUAAAGAAACCAUUUAUUUAAACAGUUUUUUAUUUGGGAUCUUGUAAAUGAAGAUUGUAGAUGAAACCUGUAGAUAUAUUGAACUUUCAUCAGUAAGGCCGAAUACUGAAAUCUAGAAUUUUGGUCAUAAUAUAAGUGGCAAAAUUUGCAUUUUUUUUUUCUUUCUUUUCUUUUCUUUUCUUUUAUGAUGUCUUUGCAAAACAGCUCUGUGCUAUAUUUAGAUAAAUUCCUUCUAGUCAUAAAAACUUGUGGGAAUUCUGUAGAAUAAAAAGAUAUUAUCAUUACUUGUGUGAUGCUCUACAUGCCAUAUUUUGACUUAUUAAUAGGUAUUGUUAAGAUCGGAAGAGAAACAAGCUCUUUACUUACUGUGUUUGAAUUACCAUUGAUGUUAUUGCAUUAUGUUAUCUUAGGAGUCCGAUUACUGUAGUACUAUUAUUAUUAUUAUUAUUAUUAUUAUUAUUAUUAUUAUUAUUAUUAUUAUUAUUAUUAUGACUAUUAUUAUUGUGGUUAUCACAAUUAUUAUUGUGUCAUAUUAUUAUUAUUUUAUAUUAUUAUUAUAUUAUUAUUAUUAUUAUUAUUAUUAUUAUUAUAGUUAUUAUAUUAACUGUUUCUAUAAGUAUUAUUACUACUGGUAUUUUGGUUGAUAUUGCGGACUUCCAAGAACUUCUACUUUUGAAUGGCCAUGUACAUACUGUAUGUAAAUUUGAAAUAAGAUCCGUAACAAGUUUUUAUAUACUUUUACUGUAGAUUCCCUAAGGCUUGCUUGCAAUCUGCUCAACAGCAGGUGUUGCAGCAAAUGAAUAAACAAAUGGUUAGUGUCAUGAUAUUUUUUUCAUAUUUUUGAGAGCUGCAGAUCAGUAGAACUAUUGAAACCUGUUUCAAGCAGGUAUUCACUCUUUUUUUCACUAUUGGUGAUCUCUCUAAAUAAAGAAAACUGAUAAAAACUUGAGAUUAAAAGUAUCUAAGUUGGUAUAUAUAAAAAAUCAGUUCUUUGAUGCAGAUAUUAUUAUUUUAUUUUAUUAUUUUGUUAAUAUUAUUUUUUAUGGAAUGACGUUAUGACCAAUCUCAGGGUCCUGCAUUUAGACGAAAUAUAUUUAUUUAGAUACUAUUUUGAUUUACAUUUUUUCGGGUAAGUUGAAAUAAAAAAUAGUAUUGAGAGGGGGUUAAUGAUUAGGAAAUGUAAUGUAUUUUGCUAUGGUGAAUGGGUUCUACUCUUCACUUUGUAUGGGCAUGUGGCAAUAGGAUAGAUCUAUUUUCAAAAUGUUUUUUUUUUAUCUACUGGAUGCAAACUUUUUAUUUGCUUAUGUAGCAACUAGGUAUGUUUAGAUUUUUACGAUAGAAGCUACUGUAGCUAGAAAGUUACUUUCCCUUUCUUAUUUAUUCCUUAUUUUCAUGUUAUUUUGUUUGUUAUCUAUCAGUGACUGGUUUGAUUAUUAACUUUUCCUGAGAGAGAUACAAAGAGCCUUCCAAAGGUUGUUAAUAACUAUAUUGAAUAAAGGUUGAACCUCCUAGUAUGGCAGAUUUGGUACUGACUAAAAUCUGAAAGUCAUUAGUUUACAUGACCAUAGCUCUAGUAAGUAUAAUCUGUGCAAGUUUUAUGGGUAUUAGUAGUACAGUAAGGUACUUUUUUCUUCUUUUCUUCUUUUGCAGAGCCUUAGAGGUUAGGAAAAUCUGCUACCUUGGCAAUUAUGUGCUCCCAAGCUUGUCAUAUUAGUGAGGUUCUACUAAUUUUGAAGAGAUUACAGAAGCAAUGGACAGGUAUUAGCAGAAACAGCCUUUUUGUUAAGUCUGAUCUUUAGAGCGGGAAGGUGCCUUUAUAAGUGUAAUAUUACUGCCUGUCUAUUACUUGUCUUCUAAAACUCUCUUGCAACUGAGGAUAGUUAAUGUAAAAUUAUUAACAUGUAAUUUGAUUAAUUGUAUUGUGUUUUUGCUUUUGUUAGCUGUUGAAAAUUUCUGCCAAAGGAGUAUGUGUAAAUAAUAGAAUUUACUGUAAUGCUUUUUUUUAAAUUUUUUUAAAAGUAAUGAAACAUUUUUUCUUUAAAAUAUGGCUUCUAUUUAUUUUACUGACACUAGCAGUGACUGCUUGCAUGAUUACCCCCUCAGCAAGUGAUACAAAGGUACAACCACUGGAUAAUUCAUUAAAACUCUCAUCAUUCAUCAUCACAUUUUUAUCUUUUAAACUGACUUUAUACUGCACUGAUAGACAAGCUCAUUCACUGCCAUUUGGAAGACCAUGACUAAUGCAUAGUUUUUUUUAAUAGAUUUACUAACAUGUCUCUGUUAUUAUAGAUGAGAUAAGAUAUACAUCUGUUGUUCUACUAAUUUCCAUCUCUUGGUACUUCAGAGGAGCAUUUAGAAUAUUGAACACUUGGCUCCUGGCUAUGCAGAACAUCUUGUUUGAAUGAAAUAAAGAUGCAUGGAAAUCAA